AUGACCGCCAAUCUAGACAAGCUCCCUACUUUCCCACAAAAGCCCCGCAUUUUCAUCUUGACAGAUGUCUUGAAUGAGCCUGAUGACUCGCAGUCCCUCGUGAGGUAUCUGCUAUAUUCCAAUGAGUUUGAUACUCGCGGGAUAUGUGCGACAACAUCUACUUGGCUGCGCUCCAGCACCCAUCCAGAGGAGCUUCGUCGUAUCAUCAUGGCAUACGGCGAAGUUGUUGACAACCUGAACAAACAUGUGCAUCCUAGCUGCCAAUAUCCGUCCACCGAAUAUCUCCAUUCGCUUGUUACGACUGGACCCAAGGUCUACGGAAAGAAAGCCUUGAAAGAGCCUCAUAGUGCAGGCGCGCAACGCCUGCUAGCCGCCCUCCAGGAAUCCGAAGAACCACUCUAUAUACCGGUCUGGGGUGGGGUGAAUACUCUGGCCCAAGCACUCAAGCACCUCGUCGAGACAUCAUCCCCGAACUUGGCUGCCAGAGAGCGAGCCAAGCUACGUGUCUAUUCAAUCUCCGACCAAGACGACACCGGCGCAUGGAUUCGAGCCAAGUACCCCGAUGUCUUCUACGUAGUAUCACUGCACGGCUGGGACCAGUAUAGCCAAGGCAGCUGGCUAGGAAUGAAUGCCAGUGCCGGUGACGGAGUCGAUCAUACGAAGGUGCUUAACCCCUGGCUGAACGAGCACAUUCGUGUUGGGAAUUUUGGAGCUAAAGCGUACCCCGAAGUGAAAUUUGGUAUGGAGGGCGACACACCGUCUUUCUUAUGGCUUAUUCAGAAUGGUCUGAGUCACCGAGACUUCAUUAAUUGGGGCGGUUGGGGUGGUCGGUAUAUUCGGCCGCAGAGUGAGACUGAUUGGGAAGAUGGCAUUGAUGGGAAUCAUUUCCAUAAUGCCCAAGACUUUGGUGUCAUUGGGGCUGAUGGGAAUUAUCAUGCUGACCAUAAAGCCACCAUCUGGCGAUGGAGGGAUGCUGUUCAGGAUGAUUUUGCAGCCCGGAUGCAUUGGACUCUGACAGACAACUUUGCCGAGGCGGGACAUCCACCGGUUGUUGAUGUCAAUGGACACACUGGCACAGAACCGUUGGUCAUUGAAGUCAGGGCUGGUGAAACGCAUAUCCUCGAUGCAAGUGGUACACAUAGUGCGGAUAAUUGCAGCGCUGAUGAUAAUUUGGAAUACGCAUGGAUGCUCUACGGGGACGUCAAUGGUUUCCACUUCUUUGGCAAAGGUCCGGAGGUCAAGAUUGAACCCUUGGAAGACAUUCCGUCGAACACCGAGAAGGGUGAUACUACAGGAUUUGCUGUUUAUACUCGAGCACGCAAGAUCAAGGUGACCGUGCCACAGGUUGAGAAGCAUCCUCAAACGGGACUUGUCACGCCAGACUUUCAUGUCUUGUUGCAGGUGACCAAUAGGGCGGGCCCAUAUCCAAUUCGGAGAUAUAAGCGAGUUAUCUUCUCUUUUGUCCACGAAGGCACAUCGGCAUCCCCCAGGAAGGUAUUCGAGAGUGCUGGUGAAGCAUACCAGAUGUACGGAAAUAUCGAUGUAGCGAAGCCGAGGGUCGACUACUCACAACCAUUAAAUUAUACACCCUGUAACUGGUGGGGAGGGAAAGCAAAGGAGACAAAGAAAUAG